CCACCAUAAUAGUCGAGUACAUUUAUUUAACUGUUGACUGAUAAUUGACCGAUUUUGUUGAGUCUUUUUAUGUAGUCAUCAAACACUAAUAUUAUUAUUUUGGAAAUAAGCUUCACUGUUACAGCUUUUCUGCGCUUUUUGUGAUGUUCAAUACUUCCAACACAAGCUGAAUUUUGCCCUUCAUAUUGUUUGAGACGGCCCUGAAGUAAGCGAAAGAAAGGAAGAAAUAACGCGCAAUGCCAAUGCCAAUUUUCAAGAUGAAAGAGGAAUUGAAAGAAAUAGAAGAAGAAACAAAAUUUGAUGAGGGUGAGAGUGAUGAGAGUGAGUGUGAGAGUGAUGAGAGUGAGUGUGAGACUGAGAGUGAGUGUAAGAGAGGAGAUAGUAAGUCAAUAAUGCAUUAUACAUCAUCACAGAAGAUAUUAUUAGUAGGAGAAGGAGACUUUUCAUUUGCUCUAAGUUUAGCCAGAGCUUUCGGAACAGCCUACAACAUGGUUGCCACAUCUCUCGAUUCUCUUGAGAUGUUAGGGAAGAAGUACAACAAUGGAGUAGAGAAUGUGCGAGAGUUGGAAGAUAGAGGAUGUAUUGUGUUACAUGGGGUUGAUGCUACUCAAAUGAGCCAACAUUACUUCCUUUCUACUCAGAGGUUUGAUCGCGUUAUCUAUAACUUCCCACAUGUCGGGUUUAUGUUCCCUGAAGAUAGCUUUUGCCAAAUCAAGAUGAACAAGCAGCUCGUGAAGGGGUUCUUAAUGAACGCGAAAUUGCUGUUGAUGAGACCGAAAGGAGAGGUGCAUGUAAGUCAUAAGGAAGGGCAACCGUAUAACCAAUGGGACUUGGCUAAGAAGGCUGCAAAAGCCGGGCUUGUGUUCCACCAUAAGGUGCCCUUCUGCAGGACUGACUACCCGGGUUACUCCAACAAACGCGCUCAUGGCUUCUUCGCAGAUAACUCCUUCCCGUUGUUUCCUGCUUCCACCUUCAUCUUUCACUUUGAUAACCUCACUACUUGAGAAGUUGAGAUUGCUGUCUCCGGAAACAACCUCAUGUUGAUGAUUCACCUGAACUGUAUAUCUUGUUUGUUGCUAUGACAAUGAACAAGCAUGUAACGAGGUAUCCAUUUAUGUGUAGUUCUUCGGGUUCGUUCAUUAUCGUAAUUUGUGAAUGAUUGGAGCGAGUGUCGAAAGGCACCCAUUUAUGUGUAAUCCUAAUUUGUGAAUGGUUGGAGUGCCAGUAAUCAGUAUGUUUUUUCCGCUCUCUCAA